AUGUUGUACCUCCCCGAGACAAUGGCCAACUGGCCUUGGCCCCGCGCCAUUAACCCAUACUACGAGGAAGUCAGCGCAGAGUCAAAUGCAUGGUUCCACAGCUUCAAGGCCUUCACCGAGCGCUCACAAGCAGCCUUCGACAAGUGUGACUUCGAACAUCUCCGCACGGGAUGUGAUCUGAUGAACCUGUUCUUCGUCGUGGAUGAGUACACCGACGUUGAGCCCGCACCUGUUGUGCGCGAGAUGGUCGACAUCGUCAUCGACGCCCUCAACAACCCGCACAAGCCCCGGCCCGAGGGCGAGAUCCUCCUCGGCCAGGUCGCGAAAGAAUUCUGGGAACUCGCUAUCAAAACCGCCUCCCCCGCCUCCCAGAAGCACUUUGUCGAGGCCUUCACGGACUACCUCAACUCGGUCGUCAUCCAGGCUGAGGACCGUGACAACGACACAUGGCGCACGGUGGACAGCUACCUCCAGACGCGGCGCGAGAACAUCGGCGCACGGCCGUCGUACGUCCCCGGCGAGCUCCAUUUGAACCUCCCCGACGAGGCCUUCUACCACCCCGUCAUCAAGGAGCUCGAGUACCUCAUCGCCGACCUGAUCAUCCUCGAUAACGACAUCGCCUCGUACAACAAGGAGCAAGCGAACGGCGACGACCGGCACAACAUCCUGACGCUCGCGAUGCACCAGUUCAACACGGACUUCGAGGGCGCGAUGAAGUGGGUGUGCGAGUACCACGAGGAGGUCGAGGCCAAGUUCCUCGACGGGCUCAAGCGCGUGCCGUCCUUCGGCCCGCAGGUCGACGCCGAGCUCGCCGAGUACAUCCUCCACCUCGCCAACUGGCCGCGCUGCAACGACUGCUGGAACUUCGAGAGCGGGCGCUACUUCGGCAAGAAGGGGCUUGAGAUCCAGAAGACGCGCCGCGUGCCGCUCAUGCCCAAGGUCAAGGUCGACCCGCAGGCGAAGAUGGACCAGGUCGUCGUGCCCCUGGUCGAGCUGUAG